GUUCGAAUCGGAAGCAGAAACCACCGCUUGUUUGUUUAUUUCCAUGUUGCUCUCUCUUUAAACUUCUUUAGCAUUCCCCUGCAAGCUUCACUGUAAUUCCACCUAAACCUUUUGUAGAUUUUUUUAGCUUUCUCGCUCAACAAACAAGCCAGAGCAAUGUCACUAAAAGACGAAUACGACACCGUGAACGAUGAAGAAGAAGAGGUAGAUGACGUUGAACUCUCCGGCAAUGAAAACGGCGUCGGUUUUGACGAGGACAUGGAAGCUCUAAAGAAAGCCUGUUUGCGCACCGGAACCGACCUUAACGGCCUCGAUAUCGUAUCCGUCGACAACGAACGGCCUUCCACUUCGACCGCCGCCUCACCCGCGUCCGCGGAUUCGGGGAGCGAAGAUGAUCUGGAGAUUUUCCGGAGUAUACGGAAUCGAUUGGCUCUUUCCGAGGAUGUUUAUGAGCCUCUUUCUUUGAAGCCUCUCUGCACUUUUCCUCCAAUUUCUUCGGAUGAGGAUGCUGAAGAUGAUUUCGAGACUCUUCGUAUUAUUCAGAAGCGGUUUUUGGCUUAUUCUACCGAUUACACCUGGAAAAACAGCAGAGAGGAUAACAUGGAGAAAACAGAUCCCAUUUAUAUGACUAGAACACCCUUAAAAGAUGCAACAGGCAAUGAUAUAUGUGAAAAGUUUCAAGAUUAUGAGCAGAAUGGCAAUAUUUCCCAUGUUUCAAGUGACAAUGCGGAGAUGCAGCCUCUAAGUUUAGUUCAGUGUGACCAGUCUGAUGUCAACGUGUUAUCAACAUACAAGUCCUCAAGAUUUCCAAAGUCUGCACAACUUCUCUUUGAUGCAAUUAAAAAGAACAGGUCUUAUCAGAUGUUUCUUCGAAGUAAGUUGGCUCACAUUGAAGUUAAAAUUGAGGAGAACAAGAAAUUGAAGGAACGUGUUAAAAUUCUUAGAGACUUUCAGGUUUCUUGCAAAAAAUUAACAGGCCGAGCAUUAUCAGCAAAGAAGGAUCCUCGUAUACAAUUAAUUUCAGCCAGGAAGUUGAGGACUUUCGAGGAUCCCGAGAUUAAUGAUAAGCGAGUAACUGCUGAUUAUGGUCCUCUAGAGAACUCUAGUGUAGCCAGUUACAGAAUGGCUUUAAUAGAUUUUCCACUUAAGCUUGAGCGGAAAAAUUGGUCCAGAGAAGAAAGAGAAAAUCUUGAAAAGGGAAUAAGGCAACAAUUUCAAGAGAGGGCACUUCAAGUUUCUGUGGGUUGGUUGAGUACUUCAGAUGGGUCACCUCAAGAUGGAAAUAAUUUGGAUGGCAUCAUUGCAACAGUAAAAGAUCUUGAAAUCACCCCAGAGAGAAUUAGGGAAUUUCUUCCUAAAGUGGAUUGGAACCAGUUAGCUUCCUUUUAUGUUAAGGGUCGUUGUGGGGCAGAAUGUGAAACUCGCUGGCUGAAUCAUGAAGAUCCCCUCAUCAAUCGCAAUCCGUGGACUGCUGAAGAAGAUAAGAAUCUUUUGCUUAUUGUUCAAGAAAUGGGGAUUGAUAACUGGUUUGAUAUUGCGGUAUCAUUGGCGUCAAACAGGACUCCAUUUCAAUGCCUGGCACGGUAUCAGAGGAGUUUGAAUCCAUGCAUACUGAAAAGGGAAUGGACUGAAGAGGAGGAUGAUCAACUUCGCAUUGCUGUUGAGGUUUUUGGUGAAAGUGAUUGGCAAUCUGUGGCUUCUACAUUGAAAGGACGGACUGGCACUCAAUGCUCUAAUAGAUGGAAAAAAUCACUUCAUCCGACUAGGCAGAGAGUUGGGAGAUGGACGCGUGAUGAAGAUAAACGCUUGAAAGUGGCUGUGUUGCUUUUUGGCCCUAAAAAUUGGAGAAAAAUAGCUCAGGUUGUUCCUGGUCGAACUCAAGUGCAAUGUAGAGAAAGGUGGGUCAAUUCCUUAGAUCCAGCUUUGAAUGUAGGCAUUUGGACUGAAGAAGAAGACUCAAGACUGGAAGCCGCCAUUGAAGAACAUGGAUAUUGCUGGUCAAAGGUUGCCACAUGCGUGGCUUCACGAACUGAUAACCAGUGUUGGAGGAGGUGGAAAACGUUGCAUCCUGAAGAAGUGCCUUUGCUUCAAGAAGCUAGGAAAAUACGUAAAGCCGCUCUUAUAUCGAAUUUUGUAGAUCGGGAAUCUGAGCGUCCUGCCCUUGGCCCCAAUGAUUUUAAUAUUCAAUUACCAAUGAUAACUGCAACUUCUGAACCAAGUAAAGAAAAAGGGAAACGAAGACGAAGAAGGCCAGAAUACGAGAAGGAAAAUGCUGCAGCUUUAAGGCUUUCCCCAGAAAAGAGGAGCCACAAGAGUUGUAGAAAAGGAGCUCAGACUACUACUGGACGAAACCCACCUUUGGAGAAUAACAAUUGUACUGAACCAGCAGAAGAUGUUACCUUUCAAAAGAAAAGAAAGAGAGAACCACCUUCAGGAAAUAAUAAUCAUAUCAAACCAGCACAACAUGUUGCCAUUCAAAAGAAAAGAAAACAACCACUUUCUGGACAUGUUAAUUGCAGUGACAGAAAGCAGGAUGGUGCAGUUCAGACGUAUAAAAGAAAACAACAGUCAGGGAGUAGUAAAUUUGUCAAAUCAGUGCAGGAUAAUUGCUCAUCUCACCUACUUUCGGCAUUAUGUAUAACUGGUAAUCAUGAGGCUGAAUCAUUUGGUAGCAGUCUUACUGUAAAGAGGAGAAAGAAUCACAAAGCAUCACCUAAACAGUUUUCCAAGAGGAGUAUGUGCACGGAAUCACAUGAAGAACAGUAUUCUAUCUGUUCUGAGAUUUCCGUGUUUUCAGGAGGUGAUGAUGGUGCUGAAGUGAUGCAAAACAGCGGUGUAGAAUCUGAAAUUCUCGGUGCGGAUGAUACUUCUAGGAAAGCUAAACCUCGAUCGAAGAGGAAAACUUGCAUGAACUCAUUGACCUCUCAAAGUUCAAGGACCAUCGUAGCUGAACACUUCAAGAACCUUUCAGCAGCUAAAAACACGAAAAAGAACAGAACUAAGCAGCAGCAAAGCAAGAGCAGAAAGAGCAACAAGCCAUCUGGGGAUGAAAAUGGUCAAACAGACGGGGAUCAUCAGACUCUUGCUUGCUUUCUUCGUAAUAAAUUGAAGAAGGGAGGAUGUGAAAUUGUUGAUAAUGCUUGUUUAUCGGAAGGAAUGGAUGAACGUAGCAAGAUAGAUCAAACCCAAUUCAGUUUGCAACAUUGUGAUGGCGAGAAUGGCACAAACAUUGAGAUAGUUGAUGUAGUAAACAAAACCGUCGCUUCCCGUGACAUUGUGAGAGAACCAACCAAGAUCAAUAAGGAAGACAUCACCCUCGCGUGUUUGUGCAAGCGAUUAAAGAAGAAGAGGUGUGUGACCAUUGCACAAAGCAGCAACCAUGGAGACAUGUCCGAAUAAAAGCAGUGAAGAGGUUGGAAAUAAGGGAAUCAAAAUCCCUUUACCUUUCAUUUUAUUAUUAUGAUUUUUUUAGAAGAUGGAAGUUUUAGGCGCAAUGAUUUAUUCAACCUGGGCCUGGCUUCGAAAAUUUUGUUUAUAAAUUAUGUUUUAGGUAAAAAAAAAUGUUUCAUUGGGUAGAGAGGAAAUUUUAUAUCGGAAUAUACUGCAUUAUGGGAUUAUAGUUUUGGUCUCCUUUUCUGUAGUUGUAAAAAGAUUGUUUUUAUUCCUUUUAAGGGGUGCACUGCUCAAUCGUAAGCUAUGUCCUCCA